AUGCGUGUUCAUGCUGCAACCCUGUUCAAUUCACUCAAAGCCACUGGUAAUCACAAAUCAACCAAUCUUAUAGCUAUUACUGAAAUAUAUGAUCCAUCAGUGAACCAAUGGACUACUACUGCAAGCAUGGCAACACCACGUGAAUAUCAUACUGCAACUCUGCUCAAUUCGGGCAAAGUUCUUGUCACCGGUGGCGAAGGAUACACCGGUUAUAUGGCCAAAUGUGAAAUAUAUGAUCCAUCAACUGGCCAAUGGCACGCUGCUGCGAGCAUGACAACACCACGUGCUUUUCAUACUGCAACCCUACUCAAUUCGGGCCAAGUUCUUGUCACUGGUGGCACCACCUUCUGGAUAAACACUGCUCUGAAUAGUUCUGAAAUAUAUGAUCCAUCCACGGAUAAGUGGAGCCCUACUGCAAACAUGGCAACAGCACGUUCUAGUCAUACUGCAACUCUGCUCAAUUCGGGCAAAGUACUGGUCACUAGUAGUGCGGGUAGUUCUGAAAUAUAUGAUCCAUCAACGGGCCAAUGGAACCCUCCUACAAGCAUGGGCCCAACAGCGCGUUAUGAUUCUACUGCAACCCUGCUCAAGUCUGGCCAAGUUCUUGUCACUGGUGGUGUCGGAUCAGCCAAAUAUCUGGCUAGUUCUGAAAUAUAUGAUCCAUCAACAGACCAAUGGGACACUAUUGCAAGCAUGGCAACAGCACGUUCUAGUCAUACUGCAACUCUACUCAAUUCGGGCAAAGUUCUUGUCACUGGUGGCGUAGGAGAUGCUGAGUUUUUGGCUAGUUGUGAAAUAUAUGAUCCAUCAACGGGAAAAUGGCACAAUAUUACUAACAUGACAGAAGAACGUUCUUCUCAUACUACAACCAUGCUCAAAUCAGACAAAAUUCUGGCCACUGCUGGUUACGGAUAUACUGGUUACCUGAAUAGUUCUGAAAUAUACGAUCCAACAACAGGUCAAUGGAAUCCUGCUGCAAGACUGUCAAUGACACGUGCUUUUCAUACUGCAACUCUGCUUAAUUCAGGCAAAGUUCUUGUUACUGGUGGCGAAAAAAUUAACAGUUAUGUGAUUAUUGCCCAUCCAAAAAAGAAUAGCCUAUGA